AUGGCGUCUAAACGAAAGCGUGCGCGAAUUGAUUUCACGGCAAAUGCGAUCGAGAAGGAGGUUAUGGAAGCGAAACAACAACUUGAUACUGUUGUUAAUUUCAAAAACAGUGUCAAGUUGAAACAACUACGAGAGGCUCUUGCUGUUUUUAAGGGGAAAGCACAAUUUGACGUCGUAGGCAUGCUUGCUCUGAUGUUUGGCUUUAACACGAUCAUGUGGAUUUUAUUUUCAAUUCGACAUGUGCCGAAAGUCUUUUCGCGAUACAAGAACACACGUUUCACAAUUAUUUCUCGAAUAGUUAAGUAUUUGUGCCCGGAAAGUUCGUUGACAGACGUUGUUGUCGAAGAGAUUGUGGACACAUUGGAGAAAUUUGCGCCAAAUAUGCCAUUCACGGGAACAUAUUCAAAUGACUUUGACGAUGCACUCAAAGCUGUCACGAAAGCGGGAGAAUUUAAUGUCUCUGGUCUCCUUGCACCGCCUGUAGACGAUUGUCUAGAAUGUGGCGGUCGCUUAUGUGCUCCGAAUCCACCAAGCAAUGGUAUAUUAUACACAACAAAUGGCCCAAAAGCUGUCACGAAAAUUAUUCUUCGUUGUUCGAGCUGUAAGAUAUCAUAUGGCUACGCAAUGAGAUCAGAUGGUGAUGGGGUAUCACGUUAUUACAGUGAGGAUAUCAUGGCACGCAAUACAGUUCUUGAAGUGACAAAUGUGGCAUAUAUUGAGAAGGCCCUGUAUGUAUGGCUAACAUCUCUAAUGUAAGUGAUGUGGAUAUUAACUGAUUUGUAUGUAGAUAGUGGAUACCGAUACUGUAUAUAGCCAGAAUAUGUAUGUUUUACCUGACAUAUUUUAACUUUUGCAGUUUUCCUUUAUUCAAUAAUUUGCCAUACAUAAAGUACAAUUUCCGGGAAGGUCCCCACAACAGCAUAAUGCCAAUUACUGUGCCACUUGCACCUGGUCAGGGCCAUUCAGACAAAUUUGGGGCUCCUUCCCUCACAGACACAGUUUACAUUGCUUUUUAUCCAGGGCGGGUUGAUCCCUUUGCCUCCCCCUGCUUUCCAGUCUGGGCUACUCAAAGAGCACUUUUAUUGGCCAGAAAAUACAGAAUGAAAACUAAAAUAAUUUCACUAUUCUUUUAGAAACCACUGUUUUGUAUCCUUUCAAGGAUUUUCUGUAUCGUAUAAUGAGACAUUCAAGAAAGAAAUUGCUAAUUAUUCAAAUGGUAUGGUGUAAAAUAUUGUAUAUAUAAAUCAUACACAACAUUUAUAAUACAGUGUCAGCAUGUAUGUAUUUGUGUAUAUAUGGUGGGCUUAUGUUUGGGGGAGGGGGGUGGCCUUAUAUUUGGAAUGAAUGUGAUUUGCAAGCUUGCUUAAUUAAUGCUAUGCAAGCGAGCCUUGGGCCCACUACAUUUACCAUUGGACAUUUGAUCCAAGAUUUGCUUGUAUACCAUUUACCAAGCAGCCGGCAGAUCGGCAGGUCGCAAUCAUUCAUUCUAAAUAUAAGGCCAUCUCCCAAACAUACAGUAAGUCCACCCAAACAUAAGAUCACUACAUUUACCAUUCCACUGUAGCCUGGUAUGUUAAUAUUUGUUUAUCUGAACAGUUAUUUUUUGUGUUUAUAACUUACAGUUAACCCAUUGAGUGGCAGCGCUCUCCACUUGACAAGUAAAAUCGCCUGGUGUUAGACAGAGUAAAAUACUAAAGUAGGGUGUAUCAGGGUGCAUUGCCACUUAAAGGAUUAAUAUGGUACUUUAAUAUUUGAUACCAACACAAAAUAUUGUGCAUGCCUAAGCCCCCUCUCCCACACACAAGCCCCUCAUAUAAGCCCAUAAAAACCACUUACAAACUAGUUGUAUCAGCUCAGGGCUUGUAUUCGGAAGUUGAUCAUACAGUAGCUAAGGUUUGUUCUUGUGUUGAAUGAAUCAGAUAUACCCAAACAGCCAAAUUAUCCCAAUCAAUGUGAAUAAGAUCUAACGAGUUCUUUGUAUUUUUGCAUGGCGAUAAAAUAUAUAAUAGUUUUGUUUGUGGAAACACCACGUAAAUUUAUUAUUGCAAUAAUAAAUUUAUGUGGUGCUUCCACAAACAAAACUAUUAUAAGAUCUAAUGAAUUGACACAGAGUAUUGUAAAUUAAACAGUGGUAUUUAGCUUUGGAAAACUGUUAAUAUUUAAAAUAUACUAUUAUAAAAUAUAUGGUAAUCUCAUUACCAUUAAUACUAUUAUAAUCAUAUAAUGAGAAUAUACGAAAUAGACCUUACCCAUUAUUCAUUUUCACCCAAUGGCCUUGUUUCCAUGUUUGCUUCUUUUAGUUUGGCAAGUGCACUUAAAGGUUAUGUCCCCAUUUCUGCAUGAAUUUGUAGUUGUUGCACGUAAACUCAAUCACAAGCUUAUAAUUUUAACCCUAGUGUACAUGAAAUGUGAGUAAAUACCCAACAGGGCAUUGGGCGAAACAUGAUUAGUCGAUAAGAUCUAUUAUGUGUAAUAUGGAUAAUCAUUUGGUCUUGUAUCUUUAAGGUUCGAAUCAGGAUCCAGGUCAAGGCAUGGCAGAAGAGCCAGGUCAGGAAAUGUCAGGGAGAAGUUUUUUAGAAGGUACAGUAUUCAUCAGAAUCAGAUACAUAUUUCAUUCAUGACCUUGGCUUUGCAGUGAAAAGCAUAGUGUCAGAAAUGUAGUUUGGUGCAUAUAUUGCAUUCAUGCCAAGGUCAUUUUUUUGUGAAGAAUAGCAAUGCUAGUAAACUAUGGUAUACUUUAGUAGUAAACAAGUAGGAAAUUAUGAGAUAGUUUUGAUUAAUAAUUUCAUUCAUAUACAUUUAGAUAUCGAUGCCUGCUCAGAAUUAAAACAAAAAGAUGAAAAAGGUAUAUAUAUAUAGAAUAUAUAUAUAUAUAUAUAUAUAUAUAUAUAUAUAUAUAUAUAUAUAUAUAUAUAUAUAUAUAUAUAUAUAUAUAUAUAUAUAUAAGGGUUUUUUUCUCCAGGAUUUUCUCUUGGGUCCGUUUUUGCAGACAAGAUUGAGUUUAGCUGAACAACUAGGGGUCUGGGGCGGCUGUCUCCCCCCCCCCUACCCGGGAGGCUGAAACCUGUGCCUACUUUAGUGUAGUUGAGAUGCAAUGUGUUGAAGCAGGGGCACUAAGGGACACUAUAAACUGGUUAAAGACAGCAAAUGCGUUGUUUUUCUUGUGUUGUGAAAUGAUUUCCAGCCAUUUUUUACUUAAUUUUCGGGUUUUCAACUGAUAACUAAUUUGCAUACGUCAUGAAUUUAACUCAAACAACUUCAUUUUACUGCACAGAAUCUUUUAAUGAGAAGAUUGAGUUUCAAAAUUCAAUUCAGGAUUGAGUUUUUGGGACCAUUUUACGGUCCUAAAAAUUCCCUGAAAAAACCCCUUAUAUAUAUAUAUAUAUAUAUGUGUAUGUGUAUGUGUAUGUAUAUAUGUAUAUAUGUAUAUAUGUAUAUAUGCGAGUGUGACUUUCGGGACCAAACCAAAGUAUUUAUUGUGCUAUUGUUGAAAAUGGAUGUCAUCAUGUGCAGAACAUUCUAAUCUGUUACUGUAUUGUUACUACAAACAUGUAAGAUUAAUUAGAGAGUAGAUCAUUGCAUUUGCAUAACUGUUCAUUAUCCUCAGAGACAUACUUGGAGAAAUAAACUCUUAAUUAAUAUAAAACAAGCUACAAUGUAAAUUCCAGUUGAAAUAAAGUUCAUGUAUGUACAUGUAAUAUCCUUUAUUUUAGCACAUAUCAUUGGUGAACUUCACCGGAAAACUGUGGCAAAUGCUUUUUGGGAGUGUGAAUUGUAUGAAGAGCUCUCACAGAGCAAUAUAAGUGACAAGUGGUCAUUUACCAAAGAUUGUAAUGAGAAUGAGCUAUCUGGUACGAAAGAUAAUGCUAUUGAGUAUAUGGUAAGAAAACGGACCUCAACAACAUAUGAUCACGAAUGCCAUCGAAGUUGUGUACUAAAGGGUAGGUUGACGAAUACUUUAAAAUACAGUAUGCAUUGUAAAAAACUAAUUUGAAUGACAAAUCAAUGUAAAAUGAUGUGAUAAAAUGUGUUGUUUGUUUAGGUUGUGGCAAGUUAUAUGUUCUUGAUGGGAAUUGGAAGUUGUCUUAUGCACAUUGCAUGUUCCCUGUAGCUGUAAUCAUUGCUGGGUAUGAAAAGGAAGUUAAUUACCCAAAGAUUUGUCCUAGGAAUCCGGAACACCUGUCAGCAUUUUGUGACAAGCAUUGCAGUGUGGUGAAUUAAAGCUGUUUCUACAGUAUUGCAGAAAUAAAAAUAAAGGUAAAUGUAAGGCUACAUUGGGUUAUUUUUUUAGAUAAAAAAUAUAGGUCUCAGGGUUUGUGACCAUGUUUUAUAGGGAAUUAUAAUAUAGCAUUUGUAAAUUCUGAACGCCGAUUGGCUAAAAACUGUGUUGAUAUAACUCAAAGUCAACACAGAAACGUCGGAAAAUUUCUUUCUUUAUAUGUUUUUGUGCUAUAUUAUAAAACAAAUAUAAAACUCUUUUCCUUGGACACUCGUGGAAAUUGGGAAAACGAGAAAUUGUGUAGAAACACGACGCCCAAAGGGCGAAGUGUUUUCACACAAUUUCCACUUGUGUUGAUAUAACUGUAUAUUUGUUAAUUGUUUGGUAAUUUACCAUAAUAAUCUUUUAUUUACAGUAAAAUAUUUGUUUAUUGUUGGUGACAUUUUUCAGAAAUCUGAAACUGACAUUUUAUCUUUCUUGUUAUACAUUUAAACUUACAUUUAAGUGUAACCGCUUUAACAUGGCAUUUACAGUAAGUGCAGUAAAGGUCAUUGAAUGCUCUCUAGUUAUUACUAUUUAAUUCACCAUAUUUAUAACCUGUAAUGUUUCAGAUCCCGCUAUUGUACUUGAAGAAAUUGAAUUUGAAACCGUUGACACAGUUGAGGACAAUGCUGCAGUGUAUCAAGGUACAGUUGUGCCAUAACUCUGUGUAGACAUUUAAAUGAAUAUUUACAGUCAAGUAGACUACUUGUAACUUGUUAUUAUCACGACAGUACAGUAUUAUGAAGGCAUUUAGCCAUCCUCAACUGUGACUUGCACAUUAAUAAAUUUACUGCCUCGUGAAAUUGGAUUUACAAUAUAUUAUUAUGUGUUUUUCAAGGAUAUAAAAUGCAUACACAUGGCAAGCAUGUUGUUUGACAACCGGUUGGUUCGGAUAGAACACUACAAUGAAAACAAUGAGUUUUAAGCUUGGAAUAACUUAGAGUACUGUUCAUUGUUACCUUCAAAACUCAUGUUCUACUUACAUUAUUUAAAAUAAUGUUCAAGUUGUAUUCAAUUGUACAUUUUUCAGGUACCAGAAAUUUUAUGGCAAAGCAUGUUGAGAUAAUUGAAGACUGCAAAGAAGUCGCGGCGGUGUCUUGCAACAAAGAUACGGUUGGGAAAAUUCGCCUCCAGAAAUGGUCUAGGGGAAUUUAUAUAAUUGCUUCAGGUGGUGGUCACAUUGAAUACUGGCAACCUCUCUAUAAGUGAGUAUUACUGUACUCCUGAAUGCCCUGAUCUUAAGCACAUUGUCACAUAAUAGAACAAGUUAAAAUUUUAAUAAUAUGAAGACUAUAAUAGGAUCACCAAGAACAGUAACAACUAUUUCUUGUAUUACAUUCAAAUGUGUUAUUUUGUUUCCAUUUAAUUGCCAUACUAUACUUAUAAGUGUGUGCUAGUAGAUACAUUUAUACCAAACGUGUGUGUUACUGGAUAUAAUAAUAUUACAUUGUACAGUAUGUAAAAUAAUACUGUAUAUGUAUUUUCAAUUUUAUAUUCUAGGUCUGAAUCUCCAACCCAGGCGUUUAUGAUUACCGUUGUGUGGCUAUAUAACAAGUUUAUGGCAUUGAAAGCAAGUGGCAAAAGCGACGAAGAGUUGCUUCAAGCAAUGGAGGAGACUGUCUUAGCUUAUGAUAACAUGUGUCAUUUGGACGCUCUCCGCAUUUCUCGAAAGGAUUUGCCUCUUCCUGUGCCAUUCAACAAAAUGUGGCAGAAAGUUGGCAAGGUUAUUGAUCGCCUUCAUUUGCAGAACCAUAAGGAUCCAAAAUGCAAGAUAAUGUAUAACCCUGAUAGUUCUCUGUCGAAGAGCGUCAACACAAUGGCUGCAGAACAAGUAAAUGUUUGGGCAAGUCGAUUGAAGAGAAUUAUGGUAUCAAUGCCAUAUAUCCAUCAUAAGUUUUUCUUCCAUAGAAUGGUGAAAAAAGGAGAUGCAUAUACAGAAUUCUGCUACAAAGUUGGGAAGCAACCUGUAUGUACGUUGCCAAGAAAAACAAUACCACCUUAA